AUGGCAGUAUGUUGUGGAAAGAUAACAUCCCCUAGUUUACCCACUCCGAAACAGGAUUCUGUUCGAAUUGAGACUUGGAGCGCUACGCUGGACAACACAGAGGAGCUCGUUAAGACUCCCACUCGGAAUAGGCAAUUUCGCUUGGCCCACCAGAACCUGUGCAUCACUCACAUUGACUUUGAGCAGCGGCUCCUUGUGGGUUUCACGCAACUAAUCGUACAGCCUACAGCGUCAAAUUUACGAAAACUUUAUUUGAACUGUCGGCAAUGUCGUGUUCACCGGGUUCUCCUGGAAUGUGUCGACACGAAACCACCCACCUACGAAGGAUCUUCGAAACUGACCGGCCCGAAGAAUUCUCGUGUUCCUUCGCCAGCAGAUUUACCUGUUGUUCACACAGACCCUAGCGUGGAAAUUUGUGAACGUGAUUCUAAAUUUCGAACUUUGGAUAGUUUCCAGCGGCGCCAUUCUUUUGUUCUGUCACAAACAGAUCCGGACGAGGAGGUCGGGGAGCUGACUAUACGUAUCCCCCCUGACUUUUGGCCACUUGUGUCCAACGAGCGACCAAUCAGAAUCACGCUGGAAUUUUCUUUAAGCAAACCAAAAUCUGGAUUUUAUUUUAUUGUUCCUCAAACGGAAGGUACUUUGGCUGACCGCGGAGUUCAUGCAUUCACAGCUGGUAUCCCCAAUACGUCUCGGUACUGGUUCCCAUGCGUUGACUGUUCUGAACCAUGCACAUGGAAGAUCGAGGUAACCGUACCGGAGGAUAUGAUCGCCGUUGCUCCGGGAGAGCUGGUGGAUGCUCCAUAUUACACGGGAGACUUGGUGCAUAAAACAUACCAUUUUUACCUGGCACAGCCUGUAGCUGCGCCUUACAUCGGUCUGGCUAUCGGUGCCUUUGAGGUGUACCCUGAUCCAACACUCUCAAACAAUGCUGCUCAUUUUUGUCCCACUGGAUUACUGCCCCUUCUCAAGCACACAAUCUCGCAUGUCCCUGAGAUGAUUGAGUAUUAUGAAGCCAUACUGGCUUCCCAGUAUCCUUUUGCUACGAUCAAAACGGUGUUUGUCGAUCGCGCUUUUAGCGAUUUUCAGGCUUAUGCUUCGUUAUUGAUUUUCCCUGUGGAUUUGCUCCACUCGCCGCAAAUCAUUGAUCAAGCGAUCGAGACGCGCAAGAUCAUAUCUUUAGCCAUAGCGUCUCAAUUUUUUGGAUGUUUCAUCGCGAUGCACACCUGGUCUGAUGCUUGGCUUCCGACGGGCAUAGCGGGUUAUUUGUCAGGCUUGUAUCAGAAGCGCGUAUUUGGAAACAAUGAAUACAGGCGGAUUAUAUCUAACGAAAUGCGUCAAGUGACCACCUACGAACACACAAAAUACGGGAUUCUAUUGAAUCCAUCUCGAUGCGUCACGAAAUCUACUCAUUUCGGACUGACUUCACCUCAGGUGAGUAGCGUCUUUUCACAUUGCAAAUAA